CAAAAAUUAAAUUUUAAAUACAAAGUUUUUAUUCGGACGAAGUGGACAUACGGAUCUCGGAGCACGGAGCACGGAACUGUUUAAGCGGAAUCAAAACACGAAUCAAUAGGAAUCGAUUGCGAAUUGAUUUGCGUAAAAUCGAAUAAUGGCCGAAGUGCGACGCAGGAAGGGCGAGGAGGAGCCACUGGAGGACACCGCGAUCUCCGGAUCCGGAGGGGAAGCCAACAAGCGGAACUCCUCCGCCGCCGACUCCUCGGAUCAUGUGGACUCCGAGGAGGAGAAGAUUCCCGAGGAGAAGUUCGUCGACGAGCUGGCCAAGAAUCUGCCGCAGGGCACCGACAAGACGCCCGAGAUACUGGACUCGGCUCUCAAGGAUUUGCCGGAUAGAUGGAAGAAUUGGGUCAUUCGCGGCAUAUUCACAUGGAUUAUGAUCUGCGGCUUCGCACUGAUCAUCUACGGCGGUCCAUUGGCCUUGAUGAUCACGACUUUGCUGGUGCAGGUGAAAUGCUUCCAGGAGAUCAUCUCGAUUGGCUACCAGGUGUAUCGGAUUCACGGCUUGCCCUGGUUUCGGAGUCUCUCCUGGUACUUCCUACUCACCUCCAAUUACUUCUUCUACGGCGAGAAUUUGGUUGACUACUUCGGCGUGGUCAUCAAUCGAGUGGAGUACCUCAAGUUCCUGGUGACCUAUCAUCGCUUCCUGUCCUUUGCCCUGUACAUCAUCGGCUUCGUUUGGUUCGUCCUCUCGCUGGUGAAGAAGUACUACAUCAAGCAGUUCAGCCUGUUCGCCUGGACCCACGUAUCGCUGCUGAUUGUCGUCACCCAGAGCUACCUCAUCAUCCAGAACAUAUUCGAGGGUCUCAUUUGGUUCAUCGUACCUGUAUCGAUGAUUGUCUGCAAUGAUGUCAUGGCGUACGUGUUCGGUUUCUUCUUCGGGCGCACGCCCCUCAUCAAGCUCAGCCCCAAGAAGACCUGGGAGGGCUUCAUCGGGGGUGGCUUCGCCACCGUCCUCUUCGGCAUUCUGUUCUCCUAUGUGCUGUGCAACUACCAGUACUUCAUCUGCCCCAUCCAGUACUCCGAGGAACUGGGUCGCAUGACCAUGUCCUGUGUGCCCAGCUAUCUGUUCACGCCGCAGGAAUACAGCCUUAAGUUGUUUGGCAUUGGCAAGACUCUAAGCCUUUACCCCUUCAUCUGGCACUCGAUCUCCCUGAGCCUGUUUAGCUCCAUAAUCGGACCCUUUGGCGGCUUCUUCGCCUCCGGAUUUAAGCGGGCAUUCAAAAUUAAGGACUUUGGCGACAUGAUUCCCGGACAUGGCGGCAUUAUGGAUCGCUUCGAUUGCCAGUUCCUCAUGGCCACCUUCGUGAACGUUUAUAUAUCCAGCUUCAUUAGAACCCCGUCGCCGGCGAAGCUGCUGACACAGAUCUACAACCUUAAACCUGAUCAACAAUACCAAAUUUAUCAAUCGCUCAAGGACAAUUUGGGCGACAUGCUAACCUAAUCGGCUUAAUCGGUUACCAGUUAGAUUCGGACAAGAUGUUUGCUUUAGUCGUACGUUCUAUAUAAAGCCGAAAUUUCUCUAUAUAUAUACACUGAUAUAUAUAUCUGUAAGCAAACGGGCGAGCACCUUUGAGCAGCCACAUAAAAUAAGUUAUUUACGGGCA